ACUCUUUUAGUGAUGAAAUCAUUGGAUCACUGAAUGAAUCAACUCUUCGUUCAAUCGUUGAUUUAUUUCAAUAAUUAAAUCAUUUAUUAAUUAAUCAAAAAGUUGUCCAAAGAGUGCAUCAAAUCUCCAAAUGGUUUACUAUUUCACAACCGAUGUGGUGUCACCGCCGAUGACGCUAUACAUGGGCUUUGAUAAACACGAGAAUGAGGAGCUGAUCCGUUGGGGAUGGCCUGAAGACGUGUGGUUUCACGUGGACAACGAGUCGUCAGCGCACGUGUAUCUUCGGCUCAGAGUCAGCCAAACGCUGGACGACAUCCCGAGUGUAGUGAUCGACGAUUGCGCGCAAUUGGUUAAGCAGAACAGUAUUAAAGGGUCCAAAAUGAAUAACAUCGAUGUCGUGUACACCUUGUGGUCAAAUCUGCGCAAAACAGCCGCUAUGGAAGUCGGACAGGUUGGAUUCCACGACCAGAAGGCCGUCAGAACUGUUAAAGUGGAGAAGAAAAUCAACGAAAUUGUUAAAAGACUCGACAAAACAAUGGUCCAAAAAGAAAACGUUGACUUCAGAGCAGAACGUGAGGAAAGGGAUCGCAAGGAAAGGGAGAAAAUGAAAGCAAUUCAACGAAAUGUUAAACAAAAAGAAAAGGAAGAGUUGAAGAAGAAGGAAGAGAUGGCUAAACUCAAGAGUUAUGAUUCUGUUAUGAAGAGUGAAAAUAUGCAAACAAAUCAAGACGGCUACGAUUCCGACGAUUUUAUG